ACGCCUAUCUCCAUUCUAUUUCUUCCAUUCGCUGUCCAUAAAACUACACCUUCCUGAGUUCCCAGGCUACGGCGGCCGGCCACACGGACAAGGGACGAGGACACGGACAAGGUCGUGGGUGCUUCCACAGCAGAAGUCUCUUGGUUCUGCGAAUAUAACAAGAUUUGUGGAUUCUUUCUUUGUUUGAUACGCCAUGGCAGAGAUUGUAGGUUCUGCUGUCAUUGGGGAAACCGUGAAUACAAUCAUAUCGAGUCUUGGCAGAAAGGUUGAAGAGAAGGCUGAUCUAAGUGAAAACAUUGAAAGGCUAGAGAUAGCACAGACCAAAAUGGAAGCUGCCCUCGACAUGUCCAAUAAAUGGCAAAUUUCCAACAUGCCACUACUACGGUGGCAGAGAAAGCUGAAGCGUGCUGCUCAAGAGUGUGAUGACACACUGCGCCAGUGCAAGCAACGUGCCAUUGAAGAGGAAGAUAUCAGACAGCACAUAAGCAAGUUCUCAUUUCCCAAACGGUUUGCUCAUGCUACCAAGUCGCUAGUCUCAUCUUUCAUGCCCUUCAGCAAAGAUGAGUCCACAAAUAGCUAUGAAAAUGUCCGAAGAUUCGAGAGGUUUGCGGAUGGCGCAAGAGAAUUCAUAAAGUUCGUCGAGCUUGGUGGAACCCCACGACAGUACAUGUUCUUUGAUCCUCUUAUUGGCCAACUUCUUACAGGGAAGUCUCUGAGAUAUCAAGUGUUGCAAGGUAGCAGGUUGUUCUAUUUUGGCGUACGGCCCAUGAACUUUGCAGAGCGUGGAGUAGAGGCAAUGAUAGGUUUCGUUGACAUAGACUUCAAGGAUCCUUUAAACAGUUUAAGCCUCAGCUUCAUGCUACGCCUUUCUGAAAGUACCGAUAUAUUUGGUGUCAUGAUCAAGUGCAUGGAGUCAGUUACUCCUCAUUUCAAGUUGGCAGCUGAACAUGUCAAGAGAGAGCUCAUUCAGCUGCCCACACAGGAUUUUUCCUUUCUUCCACAUAAACCUUAUGUCCAGAGUGAGUACUGGGUCAAUGUUCAUAACACUAUGACCCAGUGGUGUCGUCCAAACCCUCUCUGCUGCUAUGAGCAUAAUUUGACACCAUGUUCUAGCACAAGUGAUACAAUUGGGCCAUCAUCAUUACCAUCACCGUUGUUGUCUGAUAUGUUUCCAGAGGAGGUUAUAGUAGUGCUUUUGCAGUGCCAUAUGUUGCUACCUGACCAGCACAAAGACAGGCAGAAUUCAGCAACAACAUCUAAGGAUUUUGGGGGAGGAAGUUCUCUGAAUCCAGAUAUGGAUCCUCUAAAGCUGGGAAUUCUGUUCAUACCCCAUGAGUCACCGGAGGAUAUAGAUCCUGCAGUAGAGAGCUAUGCUCUAGAGGUCAUUGACGAAAAGGAGCAUGAUACAUUACACACGAACGCAUGCCUUCAGGACGUAGAUGAGAAAUUACUCCCAAAGGCGAUAGAUUAUCUUCAUCAUAAUGCUGGAUCCAAGAUGUAUCAAAUGUGCUUGAAGACCAGACAUGGAACUGCACACCUUUGUGUGGAGAAGAUGAGCACCCAAAUGCAAAGUGCUCGUCAGACUAAAGCCAGAAGACAAGCUAAAAACAUAAGCGUACAAAUCCAGGACAAAAGGUCAGAGCAAUGGAAGCAGGUCGCGCGAGACCUGCUAAAGCUAUGGGUUGUGCGUUCAUCUGACAAGCUGGAAGGUUCGAUCAGGUCUUGGACAGCAAUAAAUAACUUGCCUUAGAUAUUGCCCUGGUAAAAGGAACAUUACGUAUAUAUUAUAUUGCUACCUGUUGACACCGGUUUUUGAUCAAAGUCAACCGUUAUGGAUAAGGUUGUGAUAGUCGAUGAAGGAGAGAGAAAAACUUUGCUGAUGAAACCACGUUGACCAAGACUAACCGCAGUUGACCAGAGUUCAGAAGCCGAUAGAAGACUAGGUGAGCUCAAUCCGAGGCGAAAUCAACUCCACCAAAUAAGGGAAAGUAUGGAGACUUAUCUUAGCUAGUUUUUAGAAAUAGAUGUAAUAGUCAUAUCGUAAACAACUAGAAUUUUAGUCUGCUCUAGGGUAUAAAUAUAAGCCAAUGAGCCUUAUAAUCAAUAAUCAUCAAUCAAUCUUUCGGCUUCACGCCGCCAAAACCUUAGGAGUAGGAGUAGAGUAGUUUCGACGAGUUCCUUCCUGCGUGCAUGGCUGCAUCGGAUUUGAUAUCAAGCAAGCUUGUAAGUACCAUCACCUGGCCAUUACGGCCUGUAUCAGAACUUUCUAA